GGAAUGUUCCGCCGGGAGUCACUUGGAGGCGGGUUUCAACAAAUAUGGUUCACGAGACGAAGUACUACGACUUAUUGGGUGUUUCACCGACAGCCACGGAGGCGGAAAUAAAGAAAGCUUAUCGUAAAUUGGCUCUACAGUAUCAUCCAGAUAAAUGUCCGGACAAUCCUGAAAAAUUCAAAGAAAUUUCACAGGCUUUUAUGGUUCUCAGUGAUGCCACAAAAAGGAAAAUAUACGAUAGAGGAGGUGAGCAAGCCCUUAAAGAAGGCGGUGGUGAGUCAGGAGGAAUGGCUGAUCCCAUGGAUAUAUUCCAAAUGUUUUUCGGUGGUGGACGCAGCCGUGGCCCACGUCGCGGCAAGGAUUGUGUACACCAACUUUCCGUAACUUUGGAAGAGUUAUACAAUGGUAGUACGCGGAAACUUGGUGUUACGCGUAAAGUUAUUUGUGAUAAAUGCCAAGGUCGUGGUGGUAAGGCGGGCGCUGUGAUGCCAUGUCGUGUUUGUCGUGGGACAGGCAUACAGACUCAUAUCCGGCAGUUGGACAUAGGAUUUGUACAACAAAUACAAAGCACAUGUAGUGCAUGCAGAGGUGAAAAGGAAAUAAUUGAUCCAAAAGAUUGCUGUAAGAAGUGCGAGGGCCGAAAGGUCGUCCGUGAAACCAAAGUGAUUGAAGUACCGAUUGAUAAAGGGAUGUCAGACGGCCAAACGAUAAGAUUCUCUGGGGAAGGUGAUCGUGAGCCAGGUUUGGAACCUGGGGAUUUAAUAGUAUCCCUUGAUGAACAACAACAUAGCCGGUUUAUUAGACGUCGGACAGAUUUGAUAUACACACUUGUUUUGUCGCUUUCUGAAGCCUUAUGUGGUUUUCAGCGUGUCAUACACACUCUGGACGAUCGAACACUAGUUAUACAUUCCCGACCAGGUGAGGUGUUCACGAACAAGGAUUACCGUGCCAUCGAAUCAGAAGGAAUGCCACGUUACAAGAAUCCAUUCGAGAAAGGUCGGCUCAUUGUCAAGUUUGAUAUCGCAUUUCCGAAAAAUGAUUUUCUACCGAAAGCGCAGUUGGAAACUUUGCGAAAACUACUUCCAGCACCUGCUUCCAUUGAAGACAUCCCUGAAGAUGCCGAGGCUGUGGACUUGCAUGCUUUCGACCCAGAGCGUGACCAGAAUCAAUACGAUCGCCGUGCAGAGGCUUAUGAUGAUGACGAAGGGGCAGAAAGUGGUAAUCCACGUGUGCAAUGUGCGUCGUCUUGAAGCUUCAUUUAAUCCAGUUCGGUGGGUGUAUAUUUCUAUUGUGAUGUGCUUCGCAUGUUGGACCAUAUGAUGUAUUUCUCUUCACAGUCACACUGUCCAUCACACUAAUGUUACAAAUUACACUUGUUUUCAUACUGAUUAUAACCCGCCUAAUCUGGUUUUUCACUGUGCUCACUAGUUUUCUGCGAAAUGAUUUUUGUUGAGCUUGCAUUUGUUUCUGAAUUUUUACAGUAUGCAUGUUGUUUUCAAGGGAGUCAUAGGAUAGAAUUGUGGCUUUGAACAAGUUUAGUAGCUACGCUGUGAUUAAAAUUACAUUUCGGUUUCUUAAUCUAGAUUCGCGAAAUCAAUAUCUAAUAAUUAUAGGACCAAAAUAUUUAUCUCUCUGCUAUUUUUGUUAGGUGAGUACGCGAAUAGAUGUCAAGAUCAACAGGGAGUGAGGCAGGUGCAUAAGAAACCUCUCCUGGCUAAGUCGAC